AUGGCCCCAGUAACCAUCCAGGAAGAGAAAAGCGGUCGGGCCCCUUCGCAGCAUAGCCAUCGCCCGUCCGGCUCGAUUGUGGAAGCGUCAAUUGCAAAGAAAACUGAUGAAGUGGAAAGAUUGGUGCUGGAUCUUUAUAAAGCCAGAUGCAAUCUUCCAAUUAAACGAGGCUAUAAUGAGCAUCCACAUAAUGUGGUUCUUCAUGAUAUGGAAGAAGAGGUCAUGAUGGCAAGCCUCUAUAGGAGAAGCGUUACUAGCUCGUACAUUGAUGUACAAAGAGAUGGGCGAGCUACGCUCACUUUGCUGUUGUCCGAUGACACGCAUAUAAGCGGUGUUAUGAGGACAUCAGAUGGCAGGCCCUUCAGUUUCAUUCGAGACUGCGAAGACAAUGUAUGGAUGGGCGAUCAUGGGGGCCUUUCCAUUGGAUUUGGUCAUCUAACGAUGACCAACACUUGCGGAAGAAUUCCGUUGCUGGCUCGGUUCUCGGCCAUGCUGGAAAGGAGUCUAGAUAGGACUCGAAGUAUUCACUUCAUCAACUUUGAUGAAACGGAAAGGAUCACAACGAUAAUGCAAGAAGGUCGGAGGGUAGUUAUGCGAACUUAA